AUGAGCAGGAUGCCCAGACUCCCGCUGAUGAUUCUCCUCGUGGUCGCCCCGCCCAGACGCACCAGCAUGGACGGCCCCAUUCCCCUCAAGGUCGCUCGCCGCGCGAUCGAUGUUGGGGGUGAUGCGGGAGGUUACGCCGCCUUCCGCAAUCCUUCUUUGGGUCAGCCUGUAGACAUGGUCGCUCGCCACACUAAAUCUAUUGCCGCUGAUGCCGCCAACCCUACGAACAACCUCGCCGCGCCCACCCCGAUGAGCUCUAUGACGACGAGCAAUGCCCCCAAUCACGCCCCCCGCCCCAUCUUUGUUCCCAAGGUAGACAUGAUCUACGGGGAUGAUCUUGCUCGGGCACGCAGGAACCUGCAACUGGAAAAGAAUUUCCAGUCAUCCGCGGGUCGAACAAGGCCCAAACUGAGAGUGCCCGAUGCCAUGUUUCGCCAGGGCCCUUCCACUAAGCCGCAGAGGCCCGCCGACGAACCUGCUGCCCAGUCCGAGGGACAGAUCGUUGACAUGGGCUGGAAAGAAAUGCUGGGCAUGCUGGAGCAAAAGGUUGGUGCUCUCGAGGCCGAGAAUCGGAAGCUUCAGCACGAGAACGACCAGUUCCGCGCCUGGUUGAACCAGGCGCCAAAGUGA